GGACUUCAUAUAGUGGUUUAGAUCGCACUGGUAGUACUUUGUAGUUCGACGCGUAUGGAUAGACAAUUGUUUCGUUUCCUAGUCUGGCGUUUAAAGCUUUCUAGUUACUAGCCUUCGGCGGUAUUCACUGUGUUUUGGUUUCAUAACGGUCCAUCUAUCUAAACCGAGUGUUUUGGUUUUUUCUUCAAGUGGUGUGUGUAUAAUUUAAAUCAUGUCUCAAUUACAAACAAAAUUCAUGUUGAUGAACAAGUGAGAAUUUGGAUUUCAAUCAUUUUUUUCAAAGCGUUAUGUGGUUGAUUAUGGUAUCUGUGGCUUGGUUAGUGGGUACAACAAUAGGAGUUCCAUGCGAAGAAGCACGAAUGCGAUGUGCCUACAGAGAUGGAUGUGGAAGGGUUCUUCAAAAGUAUAUAGUUGACUGUUCAACAGUUUUACAAGGCGACAGAUUUCCCACUAAUUGUCCAGAAAUAUGCCAAUAUACACUUAUUGCCCUCACAUCUACUGAAGAAGGAAUGGAAUUGAUGGACUGCGAAUGUGGUGACAAAUAUUGUGAGAAUCAAAAACAACGUACUGAAGUUUGUAGACCGGCGGUUUUACAUUCUAUACAUUCCUCAGUAGUACCAUGUACAGUAGCCCAAUGGAUUUGUAUGGCUGAUACACAGUGCUCAAAAGCUUUCGAAUAUUAUAAGGAAUAUUGCAAAGCCAUGUUCCAUGGCAAGAAGUGUACAGCAAGAUGCAAUAACUCCAUUAAUAUUUUACGGAAGCAAGAGAAAGCUGCCAAACUGAAGACCUGUAAAUGUGAUGGUUUCGAAGAUUACGAUUGUCAUGGUAUUCAACGAAAUAUGGAUAAACUAUGUUUCCACAAGCAUUCCAAACAUCGUAAUCAAACACAUCACGAAAAUAAAGAAGACGAAACUCCGACAGUUAUAAUUACAAGCAGUGCAUUUCAAGCAACGAUUAGUUGGUCAUUUAUAGUUUUAUUGGUGUCAUUAGUUACCUAAACGAUAUACUUUUGUGACUAAAAUUUUAGUUAUCUGUUGAAUCUACCUCUUUAGAAUUAAAACGUAUUUAUUUAUUUGAGAAAGUUGUGAUAUUUAAGCUAUCAAACAAAAACUAAAAAGCCAUAUCGAAGCUGCCUCGGAGGAAUGGAAUAGGAAUUUCAGUUGAAGCAAGAUGAAGUUUAAAACACGAAUCAUUUAUUGAAACAGACCAAAAAUUAGAAAUAUUUAUUCAAGAAAAUAAACAAGACAUUCAACUUUUUUCCAAUAUGAUGUGAAAAAGAUGAAAAUAAUGUUAGAAGUUGAAAUAAAUUAUAGAAUAGAUCUUUUAUAAUGGAAACAUAUAUUUAGACGUUAAUUUCAUUCUAUCAUAAAUUGUUUCUACUUUACUAGUUGGUUAAAAAAAUUUGUUUAUUUUAAGAAAAAUUCUGUUAAAUAAUGAAUGUAACCAGAAAAACCAACAUACCCAAACUAAUAUUUCUCUCUUAUAUAUGCCAUGUACGUAGAAAAGUAUCCAAUAAGAUACGCCUUUUUUUCUGAUUUUAAGAUAAAAACAAAAUGCAGGUUUUAUUUGAUAGAGAUCCAAAAAACAAAUAUAUAAAUAUAAAUUUC